GCAGUUUAAUGUUUACACUUGUCAAACAUGGCGUCUUCACCUCGGAUAGACGAACAGAACGUGAAUUGCGACGGUUCCGGUGCCCCGAGAGCUCGCCAGUGGGUAAAACUAAAUGUAGGAGGAACACAUUUCCUCACCACAAGAACCACAUUAUGUCGGGAUCCUAAUUCCUUCCUCUGUCGACUCGUUCAAGAGGAUCCCGAACUCCACACAGACAAGGAUGAAACUGGUGCCUACUUAAUAGACAGAGAUCCCACGUACUUUGGGCCGGUGCUGAAUUACUUACGACAUGGGAAGUUAGUUAUGAAUAAAGAUUUAGCUGAGGAAGGAGUACUUGAAGAAGCAGAAUUUUACAACAUCACAGAUUUGAUUAGGUUAGUGAAGGAGCAUAUAAAUCAGAGAGAUAACAGGCCACCUAAGGCAGGCAAGAAGCACAUGUAUCGAGUCCUUCAGUGCCAUGAAAAUGAGUUGACUCAACUUGUUUCAACAAUGUCAGAUGGAUGGAAGUUUGAACAACUGAUAAAUAUUGGGUCUCAGUACAGCUAUGGUAGUGAAGAUCAUACAGAGUUCCUGUGCGUUGUGUCCCGAGAGUAUUCCUCUUCACCAGGGACCCACACGUGUUCUACAGACCGGCCCGACCAUCUGGAUCUGCACAACUCCAAGGACUGUAGGAAACUCAACUUCAUGUACAAUUUGCCAGGGUCACCAUAGAAUCCCCUGCUUCCUACUACAUCACUUCUCUUCAUGGUCACUACAGAGUAUCCUGCUGUCGCAAAUUUCCUCACUUCUGAAGGUUGCCUUAUGGUAACCCCUUACUUAGUACACUGUCUGUAUGUUGAGGAAGUCCAUAAGCUCCUUGCUGUAGACCACCUCAUUACCUACAUCUGAUUCCUACUAACUUUUUCAUAUUCUACCUGUUUGGAUUUUGCUGCCUGUGAUGUCAGGAAUGUGGCUUGCUGGAAAUAUAUCAUUGCUGAGGCUUUUAUCAGUGUUAAAAAGAGCAAACAUAAUCUCAUGCACUCUUUUUUCUAGAGAGAGAGAGAGAGAGAGAGUUAAUUAGAAUGAAUGAACUGGUGAUCAUGAAAAUGAGAAAAAAAAAUAUAUAAUGCCUAUUAUUGAGAUUACAUUUGCCUUGUUGACACUGCUUGCCACCUUGCCUGGCAACAUCUCUCACUCUGUGGAGUCAGUACGCACAAACCGUCGCUUUAGGAUUGACAUCUGCCAAGUCCAGUGUUGUGUCCAAGACAGAGUGGCUGUUGAGUCUGUUGUUGUCUAGUUCCGUCUUUGCCUUGGUACCACAAUGGGACGUAGAGCAUCAUGCUUCCAAAAGUGGCAAUUGUUUCAUACUCUCGCUUGCCUUAAUCGUUGAUAUUUUGGGAGGGGUGUGGUUUAAAGACACAUUUUGUACUUUUUAAGAUGGGUAGCUGGGUCUGCUGUUAACCACAACCUUCUGACCCGUUGUGAGGUAUUUGAUUAUGUAGGCAUUUAGAACAUUGUGAACUCUUGAUAUUUGUGAGUAUCUUCUUUGAGAGGGUGAGGAAAGGGAGUUUGAGAACUGCUCUUUCAUAUUCCAUCCCAUAUGAAUGGGAAAACUGACAUGUAGAAUACAUCAAUCUGUAAUGUGUAUAUGUGUCUCUGGUCAGAGUUGUCACAUGUAUACUGCGGGUUAUCUUCUUUGAGCAUUUCUUAGAUGUAUAUGUGCUUCAGAAGCAUUUCUGUGAAUCAGGGAAUUUUGAGGACAGGAAACACAUCUGUUGUACAGGAGGUCAAAGGAUGCAAGGAUUAUUUUUAAUUCAAGUGGCAUUGCCUCCUUUUUUCUGUCCAAACGUAUCAAAUGUUGAACAUUUGAAUUAUUGUAUGGUUGAGUAUUGUGACCAUUUCCAUUACUGGAAACACACUGUGUGAUGUAACAGAUAUGUAUUGUAAUUCAGCUUUGUACUUAAUUUCAAUAACUUAUCACUGUUUUCUCUUGUAGAACACUUCUCUUCCACAGAUGCCUUGGAGGUAAUGUUAUAAGAUAGAUAGUUUAUAUAGCUAGGUGGACUUGAGCAUAGCUUAGUUAGAUCUGUAUUCAGCAUGUUUUACUAUAUAAUCUAAGAGAUUUGUGAAAAGGGUUAGAAGAAAAAGGUGCUGCUGAAUGUAAGACAGUCAAGAUGUGGUUUUCCCUAUGCUAGUUAAAUGUAAUCUGAAAAUAUCUUCUUUUGCCUCAGUCAUUUUGUAAUUUUCUGUGUAUUAUGUUUCCUAACUAUAUAUGUAAGAUCUUGUGCCUCCUGCCCAGCACAUGUGUUCAUUGGAGUGAAAGGAGCAAACAUUAGAAAAAUCCUAAGCCUGUGUUACAACGCUUAUUGAUAAUAGUGAGGUGAGCCUGUUCCUGUGCCAUUAUUUUAUUUGAUUAUUGUCAUAAUUAUCAUUAUCAUCAAAGUUAUAUUUUUAUUAGUAUGAUACUUAUGUUGUCAUCAUAUAUUUGUUAU